AUCAUAAAAAACCGGUUUACUACAAAACAACAUUUCCUAUAAAUAACAUUUAUGUACCUAUAUUAAUUAUAUUAACAGCAAUUGAACCAUCAGUUAACUGCGAAACACAGACAUGUAUUCUAAUACAGCAGUUUUGUUUAUUACUUUCAGUAUUUUUGCUUUAGCUGCAUGUGAGAGAUUUCUCACAGACUCGAUAAUAUUUCCCGACUAUAUACGAAAAUUGUCUUUCGAAAAUGAAAAUUAUCCAAUUAAGCCAAAUAGGCCAAAUAGACAAAUAGCAAAUCAACGUCCUAACUCAAGACCUCAAAAUAGCAACCAACAAGGAUUCGGUUCUAGACCGAAUAAUCAAUGGCCUAGUAGCGGUAGCAACCAACAAGGAUUCGGUUCUAGACCGAAUAAUCAAUGGCCUAGUAGUGGUAGCAGUCAACAAGGAUUCGGUUCUAGACCAAAUAGUAAUAAUCCAAACAACAACUAUGAUGAGUUUUCUGGGUUAGAAAAUAAUAAUAAUAAUGGUAACCAAUUUUCUGGAAAUCAAAAUUUGAAUAAUGCACAAGGUAGUACUUCAAAUGGUCAAGCAUUCGAUAACAAUAGUAAUAGUAAUAAUGGACAAGAUACUUCAUCAAAUAACAACGGAAAUCAACAGACAAAUAACCAAGCUAGUUCAGCCCUUCAUAACUCAUGUGAAAUACGUUGCAAAACACAAGUAAUUUAUCAAUAUAACCCUGUUUGUGGAACUAAUGCUCGAACAUAUCAAAACUCAAGGGUUUUAGAUUGUAUGAGAGAAUGUGGAGUUCAGACCGAGUUAGACUAUAUUGGCAGAUGUGUCACAUCAACCGAUCGUAUUCUUCCUGCUUGCUGCUAAGUAGUUUUAAUGGACAACUGGUCGAUGAUUUGAUAUUUUAAUCUUUAAAAAUAUAUUUGUAAAUCAUACGAUGUAAUAGUAGAAAUUGGUUUUUGUAUUACAUUGUAUUUAAUACAUUGUAUUAUUGAAUAAAUUUACAUUACACUAA